AUGUAUGCAACACAUAAGCUUCAUUUCACAAAUAUUAUUCUCGUUCUAGUCUUUUCUACCACCUUAACAUCUUUAGCAACAACCACCACCACUUCCAUCCCACAAGAGCUUCUCAAAGGCUUUUCCUCAUCUCCACUCUCAACAUCCACCUCCUUUCAACCCAUCCUCACCGAUCCUACCGGAAACUUCUCUCUCGGGUUCCUCCGCCACAACCAAAACGACCUAAAACUCGCCGUCGUUCACACCCUUUCCCUUGAACCACUAUGGACAGCCAACCCAACCCACACAGUAUCUUGGUCCCACACCACGCGCCUCUUCUUCAAUGGCAGUCUUGUUUUGUGGGACCCACAAAGAACCCUAUCAUGGUCAACAACCACCAACGGUGAGCGCGUGGUUCUUCUCAAUACCUCAAACUUACAAGUACAAUCAAAAACACCACUUUGGGAAAGUUUCCAUUUUCCUACAAACACCCUCGUUCAAGAUCAAAACUUCACUUCAAACAUGUCUCUAGUAUCAACCAACAAUCUCUACUCGUUACGUUUAGGUGACACAUUCAUGGGUUUAUACGAAAAUCACGACAAAGAAAAAGGUAGUUUGUUAACAAAACGGUUAGUUUUGUUAUAUUGGAAACGUUCUGCACUACAAGCAAAAUCUACAAUCAUAGAAGGUGAUGGACCUAUUUACGCAAGAGUAAGCACCGAAGGUUAUAUUGGAAUGUACCAAACAAGUUAUAAACCUGCUGAUGUUCAGAAAUUCAACAGUUUUCAAGAAACUUCGUCGUUUCUUUUGGUUAGGUUAGAACAAGACGGGAAUCUCAAAGGGUAUUAUUGGGAUUCAACAAAGUCUAGUUGGAUACUUAACUUCCAAGCUAUUAGUGAAACUUGCGAGCUUCCAAAUCCAUGUGGUUCGUAUGGUUUGUGUACUCCGGGUGGGUCUAGUUGUUCUUGUUUAGAUAACAAAGCUAGGUUUGAACCGGGUGGGUGUUUUAAUGAUGAUGAUGGUGAUGGAGGUGGAGACUUAUGCAGUGGAGGGAUUGGUGAAGAGAAUAGUUACAAGAUUCUGAGAAAGGUUGGAGUGGAGCCACCGCAUAAAGAGUUACUAGAGGAAGUAACAACGUUAUCUUUAACAGAAUGUGAGGGUUUGUGUGAGAAAAAUUGUAAAUGUUGGGGAGCUUUGUAUAAUAACCAAACCGGGUUUUGUUAUGUUUUGGAUUAUACAAUAGGAACAAUGUUAGGAACAGGGGAUGAGUCAAAGGUGGGUUAUUUUAAAGUGAGGAAAGGUGCACGGAGAAGGAAUAGGGUAGGGGUUAUUGUUGGAAUCGUGGUUUCUGUUUUGGUUGGGAUAGUUGUUGUUGGUGUUGUGAUUUGUGUAGUGAGGUGGAAAAAGAGAAAAGGGGGUAUGAAAGAGGAGGAUGAGAAUUGGGCUUUGCCUGGCCCGUAUAGGAAUCUUGGAUCCGAAAGUUUUAGAUCCGUUGAGAUGUCGAGUACGAGUAGUGCGCAUUAA